AGCGUAUUUGGUCCUUAUAUAGUUGAAUAGGAGGGUAACAGUAGUACGGUGUGAAUGGGAAACAAGGCGACUUGUGUGAAACAGUAUUUGCGUGUCAAGUGUGCUGCUGAUCUGUUUUUUUCCCAACACACUGAAAGUCAUGCUGUUGAAAGUAGUGGUUGCGUUUGGAUAGUAUACAAAGUAGCUCUGAAAGAAACUCACGAAGGAUUGGUUGAACUUCUACAAUAUUACACAAGUGCACACAUUGAUAUCAUCGUGUCCUACUAGAGUUUUUGGUUUGACUCUGAAAAUAAAGUCCAACUUUGGUAGAUAAUUCCUAGAAAGCAUACGCAGACGAACAAAGUAGUUUGCAAAUACAUUGACACGAACCUAAAACAUUUUUCUAUUAUCGCAGUAAAAUCAAACCAUUCGCCACUACUUGAAAUUCAACCAGAACAGCAACAACAACAAAUAUGAGCCCGAGCCUAGUACAGUAUGGCAUAGUCAACAAUUCUACAAAGAGAAUGACUUGUGUUUCUAUCUUUUACUGUUUUCUUCGUUGUUGGCAUGAGUGGAGAAUUGCAAUUGUUUUAUUUGCUUCGAAUUGUAAAGUGACAGCAACGACAACAACAAACAAGAGAAAGUCAUAUUGUAUUGGUUAGUGGUACAGGAAUAUUAAUAAUAGUUUUUGUCAUAAAAGUACGAAUUUGACCUAUUUUUUACCAUAAAGGAAAAUUGUAUUGUCGAGUUUACAAAAUAAAAAAGCAUUAUUCGCA